AUGACCGAGAAGCAGAGCCAAGGGCCAGCAGCAGACUGCCCGGUUUGCUGGAACCCCUACGACAACACCUUCCGCACACCCAAGGUGCUCCAGUGCCAGCACUCCUUCUGCAUUGAGUGCCUGGCUCACCUGAGCCUAGUGUCUACGGUGCGGAACCGGCUUCAGUGCCCACUCUGCCGCCACCCUACUGUGCUCCCCUCCGACCAGACCAUUACUGAACUACCCACUAACGAUGCCGUCUUGCGGCUGCUGCGCCUGGAGCCCAACCACAUCAUCCUAGAAGGCCGGCAGCUGUGCCUUAAGGAGCAGCGCAAGAGCAGAUACUUCUUGCGCCAGCCGAGGGUCUACACCCUCGACCUUGGCCCAGAGACGGACUCCAGCACUGCAAGCCGCCAGGACCUGACCCCUGUGGGGAGCACUACCACCACAACCACCACCCUGCCCAAUAGCUCCCCACUCCUGAACUGCGUCCGUGACCCCCAGCUUCGCAUUUUCACCUACUUAAUGGCCAUCAUCUUGAGUGUGACUUUGCUACUCAUUUUCUCCAUCUUCUGGACCAAGCAGAUCUUCUGGGGCAUGGGUUGA